AUGUUCAGAUCAACCAUAAUCUUACUACAGUUCAUUUGGACUUUCGGGAAGACUGUCGUGAUAGAGAACCCCCAAAGUGCUUUUGGACUGGAGAAUCAAAAAAUCGUUCUCCGCUGUCACGUGCAUGGAAGUGGAAACGUUUCAUUCCGAUGGCUCAGGGGCAAAUCUGUUAUACAGACAAAUCCUCCUGAAAGAAAAAUUACUGUGGCGAAUCAAACUGAUGGUUCUGUUAUAUCGUCUCUUACGAUACACCUCACAAGAAAUAAUGAGGGCGAGUAUUACUGCAACGCUACAGAUAACGAUGAAUGGAUUCAGUCACAAAAGGCAGAGGUACGAAUCGCCUUCUUGGAAGAACAGUUCAUAUUAGAGCCUCAAGAAAAAACUGUGAGUGUAGGAGAAACGGUGUUACUUGAGUGCAGGCCUCCAAAAGGUCUGCCAAAACCAUCUGUGAAAUGGAUCAAAGACAAUACCACUGUUGAUGUAGACGAACGGACGCAAAUUUUAGAAAAUGGGAACUUGCGGAUCGAUAGGAUAAUUUGGAAGGAUAGCGGUGCUUAUGCAUGCGUUGCAGAGUCUUUCGCAUUCCAUCGUCAAAGUUCCAGUGCAAACCUAGUUGUCCGACAGCGUCCCUAUUUUGUUUCAUCUCCAAUCAGUCAGUCGGUCCCCAUCCAUAGCUCGUUUGAGCUUGGUUGCAGUGCCGCUGGGGAACCUUUACCGGUGAUUGUGUGGCGUCGGGACCCGCCAUUUCUGGAAAUCCCAUUCGAACGAACCAGAUUGUUACCACGUGGGACGUUGCAGUUUAAUCGUGUGCAGCUGGAGGAUGCUGGGGACUACGUUUGCCGGGCCAUUAGCUCCGCUGGGAUUAUUGAAGCCAUUGCUCAAGUUAACGUUGUUUCUCCUCCUGGACUUGUGAAAACACCGCCGCAUACUGUUUUUACUCUUGAAGGUGUUCGUGUGGAACUCCCAUGCAAAGCUCUAGGUUCUCCAACUCCCGAUAUACGCUGGAUGCGACAUAACCCCGAGACUUAUCUAGUGGCAGAUGCUGGAAAUUCGGUCGAUCGUGUUGUUAUGACGCCCUCUGGUACUCUAUUGAUAUAUGCUACCAGGCUCGACGACUCAUCGACUUAUGAAUGUCGUGCAUCCUCUCCUGCUGGUUUGACGCGUAGUGUGACUGUACUCACUGUUCAACCAAACCCUAACCUUGAGCCCGCUAGAAUCGGUGCAUUUUCCGCAGGUCGCAUGUUCUUGCCACUUGCAACACAACAUAAGACUGUCAGAAUCAUUUGCGAAUUUCCGAGUGUAUCUUUCGAAAAAGAUCACUCUCGCAUUAAGCACGGACAACCUGCUUCCAUUCGCAAUGACAAAGCCUCCAUAUUGUGGCUGGUAAAUGGCAAGUCGUUAAGAAAUCACUUCCCAAAUCCGAACAAAACCCACAUUGAACAUGAUGGUUCUCUUCUUAUCAAUCAUUUUGAUUUGUCGGAUAAAGGUAAUUACACAUGCACCGUGUUCAAUCACGUCAGUCGGAGAUAUUCAACCUGGAACUUCGAAUUAUUGGUCAGUGUAAACGCUAAAGAUUCAGAAGUUAAACCGUUACAUUCGACAUCUUUACCAAAUCCCCCUUCGUCGCUUGUCGUUACAGGUAUUGGUGACACCUGGAUGAGUUUUCGAUGGACCGAUGACGCCAAAGAUUACCCCGGUGUUCCUAUUUAUAGAUUGUAUUACCUUCCCAUUAUAUCUGGCCAAUUCUCUGGUUCUAAUAGAAAGCACGAUCCCCUAGAUGAAGCCACCACCACUGGGCAAGAAAGGAUAUCACCUAAGCUUGAUGUAUGGAUGCACACACCCGAUAUUGUUCGUAACACGCAGACAAGAAUAUCUAGUCUUCUGCCCAAUACUGGGUACUGGAUUGAAGUAAGAAAGACGAACGACGCAGGCACGAGCUCGGGUUUCAUUUAUCCAAAAAUUGUAUAUACUCUCAGAAAACCCAAUACAGCUAUGUUUCUUGAUGGUAUCAGUAAUAAUGGUUCCGGGUUCGAGCAAAGAACAGAUCGCACACAUUCUCUAGUCAACAGCAACACCGCAGUAGAUUAUCAAGAAAUGUCGACCAAUUUCCAGUCAAUAAGCUUUUCUGAUAUUAAAGUGCGUAGUCUAACAACUACCGAAAUUUUAACAAGCUGGACAACGCGUUCAACCGGUAACAUAUUGAAUCAAAUCGACGGGUUCCGUAUGAAUAUCAAACCAGUCCCAAUGACGAGAUGUCUGGUCACUGCUACAUCUGGAUCGCUGGACCAGUUAUCUUCCUUUCCCUAUCAGGAUCGUGCCAAAGCCCCACUGGAGUUAGACGACACUGUUUCACAUUCGGAAUCUUAUAUGUCCCCAGUGCACUGUAGUCUAUCUUCCGAUGCACUGAUUCAGCAGAUAAUACGCAUGUCUAACACAGUUGCAAACUACCCGGUGAGCAUUUACGAAACUUCUCUCCGUCAUCCAGAGUCUCAGACAGUUAUUGUGGGUCGGUCAAUUUCUUCUGUCAAUCCAACAACAAAAGCCGUUGGGGGUGGUCUUCAUCCUUUCACAUGCUAUGAGGUUGAUGUUGAAGCUUUCCGAGACGAUAUCGUUUACGGACGCAUGUGGAGCAGAACAAGUCGUUCUACUCUGGCAUUGACUCUAGAUUCCUCCCCGAGCUACUCACCACAUCUAGUCAAUGCCCACUGGUUGUUUGAUGUCGUUGGAGUUGGAAACGAAUCCAUUACUGAGCGUUCCGGAGCAAAGUUGAAUGUUGUGCGUCUUGCUUGGAGGCCGUUGGAGCUCCGUAUGGCACACGGUGCUCUUAUUGGAUACGUGAUUCACUUCCUGGCAAAUGAUACUCAACAGAGCCGAACAAUACACGUCCCAGCUGACGCCGUUACGCGUGACAUAUUUGGAUUAAGUCCCCAUGUGGAAUAUACAAUCUAUCUCGCGGGUGUUACUUGCCGAGGUGAGGGUGUUCGCGGUGCUGGAUUUCGCUUGCCUCCGGCUAUCUCUCUUUGGCGUAAAACACACGGGUCAGAAUUUUCAGAACUUGGUGUUAUCACGGAUUCUAGUUUAUAUUUCCCUCCUUGGGCUUAUGGAAUUAUCGCUGGAAUUGUGUUGUUUUGGAUUGCGAUUGGCUUACUGGCUCCGCUGCUGGGACGUCGCUCCACCGUCAAACAUAAUAUUGUUACUUCCUUUAAAACCCGCAACAUAACUGGUAGUCCUGACCACCGAGGGCUGUUGUCUAGAUUUUCCUUCCCUUCAUGUCAUUGGUGCGCUUGGAGUGAGUCUAUAAGACCAAAUCGGACAAUUGAAACAAAAACCCAGUCCUCUGUAGACGAUACAGUUGACCGGGGACCUGAAGUGGAACCUACUUAUACGUUAUCACCUGCGUUGUCCGAGAACCAUGUAGAGAUGACCACACUUUUACAGCGUGCAGUAGAUGUGCGAACGUUAUCCAACUCAUCGGAACGCACAUCCAGCGAAUGUCAUAGUAGACAGUCUGAUCUGAGACGUGCGGUUCUAUCCAGCGGAAGCCAUAGCCAAUCGAUCCCGAAACUUUCCAUUGGUUCCUCGAAGCAGGAUUUUGAUUCAUCCAAUAUGCUCCCGGCAGACAAUGCCGAGGUAUAUGCAAACAGUGAUCCAUCGGUUGUGUCUCAUCCACACAGUCCAUCUCCAACGAAUUUUGCGUCUACACUGUACUCUCAGAAUAAUCAGGGCAUCGGAUCUCUGAAUCAACCGUUCACAAAACCACAACUUCCAGACUCCAUCAAUAUUCCAUUUCCUUUGCCACCGAAUUAUCAAACAAACGGUGUAAACACGGUGGCUGAUGAACCUUGUGACACGAUCAUCAACCGCCAUCCGAUUUGUGACUAUAUUGGCUCAACCUAUUCUCACGGAACCCAGGCCUAUCCAAAUGUUCAAGACAAUUCGCAUGAUGAUGCAGUUCCUCCGUACGCCAGCUGCACGGUUCUUCCAGUUUCGGAACAGUCGUUCUCCGGUUCCUUUGUCCAUCCACUGCCCGGGUCCACAUUACGUCAGGGUAGCUUUUUUGUCCCUGACGCAUUCCAAGCUCACUGUCCGGUUGGUGCUGUUGGCAUGUCACAGAGCAUUGGAGGUUCCAGUGGCUUAAUGCAAGAAGAAUCUGUCUUCGUGGAUCCUCGUACUGAUCGUCAUCCUGCGACCCAUCGAUGGCCUAUGCAUUCUAGAGCCCAACUGGCUACCGUCACUAGUAGUUACAUGGGCGUUCCGAAUUCGAUUCAUCCCAUCCCACCGCCACCGGAAUACCCGCCCCCACCGCUGCCAACUAGACUGAGCGAUUGGAUGGUGCCCAACGAUCAGCAACAGUCUUCGAUUCCUCAAACCGCCAACGGCUAUCCAAGCCCUCGCACUCUUAAUCGAGAGGAUCAAACGAUGUUAUAUCCCUACCGGAUGAACGGGGAACAGAUGGAACCGAGUUCUGCAUCGCCAUAUUACGCAUCAGGCGGAAUCUAUGCGCAAACUGAGACGAAUGUUUCAUUAUCACCAUGCAAUCAAUCCAACGAUACUUCGCGCCCUUCGGUUAACACUCCACCAAAUAACUAUCCUCGUGCUGUAGAAUCUAAUUGUGGAACUCUGGGAUUGAUGAGACAUAAUUACCAAAUGAGUUCUUACGGAUUUGCUCCAACUGGCUCUGAACAAUCACAACAACCAUUUAAUCACCGUUCAUAUCGAUCCCAUUCGUCUGGACUGAGAAGCGGCGAAGGCAGUAGCGGUGAUCGAUCUACCACCAGUGGUCUGGGCAGUGGAAGUACUAAAUUCGCCAAUGGUUUCGGUCGCUUGCCAGAUUCGUCCGCUUCUGGUGUUCCCCCCGUGAGUGGUUCCACUUCGGGAAGUGAUUCAUCGUCCGGUUCCGGCGCGCGCGUCGGCCCUAACCGACAACAAACCACGACCAUGGUGGUCAAUUCGGCAAGCUUAUCUGCGGGUGUGAAAAAACGACAGCUGCUUCCGGCUAGUACAUCUCCCCCGCGGUCACAGCUCGCCAUAAUCUCCACAAGUGGAUCACACCACCAAAUCCCAAGCAGUCGUGGUCAUCCAUCCAUUACGGAGUGUGAGUUGAAAUCCUCCAUUUCAUCCAGUUGCGCCAGUCAACCACUUCCGCAUCAAGUCCCCUCGCAUUCGACCGGAUCCGCCUACCCUUAUUUCCCGAUUCGGACAAUCGAGAACGAGCCGUUGGUUAUGUGUAAUCCAGGCGUCAUCGGUCCGCAAGGAUCUACCAUUGGUGCUGGUAUUUCGUUCGGUCGAACAGAUUAG